AUGGAACAACUGACUUCCACGACUCCUCGCGCCUCCUAUGCAACGUCAGUUUCUGACCAGCAUAAGCUUCCUCCUGAUGCUCCAAAUUUCCUUCCAGUCGAGAUCUCUGACUCAGGCGCAUUGAUCCUGGCCCCACAUCAGACCAAGGAUGUCUACAUGAAGCAGCUUCAAAAGCUCAGACAGAGCCAGGACACGCUCCAGAAGGCUGGUUACGUGAUGCGGCCAUUGACAGAGGACGACCUGGUCCAGAAGAGAAAGUGUGGAAGAUGCCACAAACUCGUCUUCAAAAAUAUCUUCAAGCGGAUCUCUGAUAGAAAGCCAAAUUCGGGCGGCGAAACUAUUGAAGCGUCUGCAAAUGGCCAGGCACCGCCAGGCUCAGCCACCAACCCUGUGGCCAAAGCCGCUCAAGGUGGCAAACUGUCUGAAAAUGCCCCUAAGAGGGAGCCACAGCAGGUAUGCAAGUACCAUGACGGUCGAUUCAAUGGUCGUAUCUGGACCUGUUGUCGAAGUAGGCCAUACGAUCAGCCUUGCAAGGCUGCAACUGAACACGAGCCAGCUACAUACGAGCCAGGAGAGCUAGAACGACUUUAUCGAUACUACAUCACCCCGGCUGUAAGCCCUUUCUCCCCGAUGUGCCAUGCAGUAGCGAUUGACUGUGAGAUGGGUACUGGCAUGACGCACGACUCUCUUUGCAUCCGAGUCAGCGUGAUCGACUACUUUACCGCCGAGGUGCUCAUCGACAAGUUGGUAUUUCCUGACGAGCCUCUUCUCAACUACAACACUCGUUUCUCUGGUGUCACUUAUGGCCAGAUGAACAGAGCGCGAUCGCUAGGAGACUGCUUCUUUGGAAUUGCAGAGGCAAGGGAAGCCAUCUGGCAGUUUGUUGGUCCUGACACCAUUGUCGUCGCUCAUUCUGGCCAGAAUGACCUCACUUCGCUGCGGUGGCUUCACAAGAAUAUUGUUGAUACCCAGCUGGUGGAAUCACUCCCCGUGAUGAAGUUGGAGAAAGAAGCUCGGGAGAAGGAGGCCGAAGAGAAGAUGGCCCGCGAGGCAGAAGCCCGCCAGACCCAAGGGGACGAGCCGAUGGACAAGGCAGCCACAGGACCCAAAUUGGAAGAUGUGACCAACGAGGGAAAAUCGCUUACGGAUCUUCAGAAACAGACUGAAAAGCCGAAGAAGAAGCCCAAGGGCUCUGGUCGGUUCUCUCUGAAGACAUUAACAAAGAAACGCACUGGCAGGGAUAUUCAGAUGGGCAACGAUGGGCACGACAGCGUAGUGGACGCUGUUGCUACCAGAGACAUUGCCCACUGGAAUGUUCUCAACUUCGGUCAUGGCUUUUACGAGAUCAAAAACUCUGAUUCUUGA